CAACAGCAAAAACCGUGUGUUAUCGGCUUUUUGGCGAGCAGGGAAAAAAAAUGGAAGAGAUAAAGCCCACAAAUUAAUCUUGUGGCCUCGUCAAUUUCGGUGUGGCAGUCGCUGUGAAAAUUUGGUGCGAAACACUUGGGUUUUUCAAUUUUUCCUCCAAAGUGUGAUCACUUUUCUCAGCUCCACUUGUCGCAGCAGCAGCAGCCGAGAGCUUUUUCCACACACAUCUCCAUCAGCAGUCAGAACCAGAGCGUAGUAUCCCAGCUUUUCCAAUAAAAAAAAAGUGCUUGUGUGUGUGCCUUCGCCCCGAUACUCGGUGAAUGAUCUUCUAAUAAAUAAAAGAAAAGAAAAAGUGCCAACAAAGAGAAAAAUCGUGAAAAACAUCCUUUAAAAUUAAGAUGAGUCUCUCGCGUUUCCGUGUGAUCACAUUCGAUGUCACGGACACCCUCCUGCAAUUCCGCACGAGUCCCGGGAAGCAAUUUGGGGAGGUGGGUGAAAUGCUGGGGCUUCUCGGCAGUGGAAGUGAUCGCAAUCAACUCUCUGCCAAAUACAAAGCCAACUGGCACAGGAUGAAUCGUGCACAUCCAAAUUUUGGGCUAAAGACAAACAUUGGCUGGGAAAAUUGGUGGCGACAGUUGAUAGUCGGCUCAUUCCGUGAGUCAGGAGCUCAGGAACCGGAUGAGAAGCUCUUCAGGAUUGCUGAUCAUGUUGUGGAUAUUUUCAAGACAAGUACUUCCUGGCAGCAUUGCUUCGGUUCCGUGGAACUCCUCAAUUAUCUAAAGUUGAAGCAGCAAAUUGGCACCAAAGGUCCGCGAAUUAAGAAUGAUGGAAAUGAGGGAGCUCCAUUCAAGAUAGGUGUCAUCUCCAACUUUGACCUCCGCCUUGAGACACUCCUGCGAAAUAUGAAGCUUUUCCAGUACUUUGACUUUGUCAUCGGCAGCUACGAAGCUGGUUGCACAAAGCCCGAUCCGGAGAUUUUCAUUAAGGCCAUGGAAGCGUCCAAAAUUGCUGAUUUGCAACCAAGUCAGUGCCUCCAUAUUGGCAAUACGCCCCGCAAUGACUACCUGGGGGCAAAACAAUUUGGCUGGCAUGGGAUUCUCAUCACAGAACGUGAUCCGAAGGAGUUGAGAGCCAAAUAUGGGGAUGCCAUCAAUGAGAAGGAUAUCUUUUCGAGCCUCUAUGAGUUCCAUAAGAAAAUCACAAGUGGCGAAGGGCAAUUGUAAGUGCAGGGGCGCGCGAAUGGGGGCGCGAGAAGACAGGAGCGAUACUCAAGAAUCAUCCAUGCAAAAGACACAUCCAUGCAACAUCUCAGGUGCCAAAUUCUUUUUUUUUUGCCUCACUCUAUAUUACAUGUGUAUAUACAUUUUACAUAGCAUA